GCGCACGUCGCCAAUCCAGUAGCAUUCAUGCUGUUGUCAUAUUUUUAAACUGCAGCACUCUUAGGAGAAGUCCGCUGGUUUACCUUGCGAAAUAAGAUAUUGUAACAUGCACUUGGAUUACCGGUUGGUGAACUGAAACAACGUUAACAACCGCUGGCUAAGAUAGAGGCAGAGCGCCCAUCAGAAAAGUAGGCUAUGCCUAUUGAAGAGAAUACACAGCUUUUGACAUCGGACAACUCUCACUUACAUUGGCGCGUUAAGUCAUGCGGAUACUAUGGUUUAGAUAAGUUUUGAAUGUGCAUGUCAAUCCUUGACAUUUAGGACCCCUAGGAUGGAAUUCAAACUUGAACAUUUCAGUUCAGUUCGUGGUACUGAUCCAGGUCCAACUCCUUGAAUUCGGUUUUGGAGAUCGGAGGGGUUGGCUUCAACACCACCUACCCAAUUUAAGAAGAAAUUUGGAGUCGAGCGGGAUGGACACGCCAGUUACCUUGUUCUUGCUGUCCUGCAUUUUGGGCGGUGUUGUUGUGCCCAUCUCGGGUGACGACGGUGAGGCGGCACCACCACCACCACCAGCUGACACCACCGCCAGCGUGAGCGUGCCCAUACCCAGGCCUGACGGUCCGGGUCCGGGUCCAGGUCCAGGUCCAGGUCCGGGCCCAAGCCGGCCGGGUCCCGGGCCAGAGGAGCCCUCGGCGGCGGCGGCGGCGGUGCCGGAGCUGCCGGAGCUGUCUCUGCAGCCGGCGCUGGCGGCCAUGGAGAGCGAGAAGCAGACCAUGCCAGAUGGACAGUACCACUGCCUGGAGACCGCCGGCCGGGAGCGGGAGCGGGAGCGGGAGGGGCCUCGGAACAGAACUGGGCCCUACUGUAAUCGUUCGUGGGACGGCUGGCUGUGUUGGGACGAGACGCCCGGGGGCACCUUUGCCACGCUCAGCUGUCCAGACUAUCCAGGCUUUGACACCUCAGAAAAAGUCACAAAAUAUUGUGAUGAGUCCGGCUACUGGCACCAAAGUCCCUCUGUGAACAAGACCUGGGCCCACUGUCUGGCCUACCCAAAGGACAAGCUCAAAGUGCAGCAGAGGAUCUCCACCUAUGGCGCUCUGGCUCCCGACCCCAACAUGGAGGAGGAGAGGAAGAAGAUCAUGGACGGCCAGUACAAAUGCUUCGAGAAGAUGAACAGAGACCCACCAUACAACAAAUCAGGUCUGUACUGCAACCGUACCUGGGAUGGUUGGAUGUGCUGGGACGACACUCCGGCAGGCACCUACGGGUUCCAGAACUGCCCCAACUACUUCCCAGACUUCGACCCCACAGAAAAGGUCACCAAAUAUUGCGACGAGAACGGCAACUGGUUCCGUCACCCCGACACCAACCGGAGCUGGUCCAACUACACGCUGUGCACCGCCUACACGCACGGCAAGCUGAGGAUGGCCUUCAUCUUGUACUACACAGCGAUUGUGGGCCAUUCGCUCUCCCUGGUGUCUCUCCUCAUCUCCCUGGCCAUAUUCUUCUACUUCAGGAGUCUGAGUUGUCAGAGGAUCACCCUGCACAAGAACCUCUUCAGCUCCUACGUGCUCAACUCCACCUGCACCCUCCUCCAUCUCGUCUGCGUGGUCAACAAUCCCACAGUCGUAGAGCAGAAUCCAGUGGGCUGCAAGGUGCUGCAGUGUCUGUAUCUGUAUUUCCUGGGCUGCACGUAUUUCUGGAUGCUGUGUGAAGGCGUGCAUCUGCACACGCUCAUCGUGGUGGCUGUGUUCGCCGAGGAGCAGCACCUGCACUGGUACUACCUACUGGGAUGGGGAUUUCCCUUAGUGCCUACAGUUAUUCACGCCAUUGCCAGGAAGCAGUACUUUGACGAUCACUGCUGGCUUAGUGCGGACACCCAUCUACUCUAUGUGGUACAUGGACCUAUCGUGGCAGCUUUACUGGUCAACCUGUUCUUCUUGCUGAACAUCGUGCGGGUGCUGGUGACCAAGCUUCGGGACACACACCGGGCCGAGUCCAACAUGUACAUGAAGGCGGUGCGGGCCACGCUGAUCCUGGUGCCGCUGCUGGGGAUCCAGUUCGUCAUCCUGCCCUGGCGGCCGCAGAACCGGCUGGCCGGCGAGAUCUACGACGUGGUCAUGAACGUGCUCAUGCACUACCAGGGAUUGCUGGUGGCAACAAUAUUCUGCUUCUUCAAUGGAGAGGUCCAGUCGGCCCUGAAGCGGCAGUGGGUCCAGUACAAGGCCCAGUGGGGACAGCGGCGGAAAGAGCACUGCUCCAUGCGCUCCACCUCCUACACCACCACCUCCAUCACCGAGGUGCCCGGCUUCAUGUACCACCAGGACUACCGGGCCGGAGGAGGAGGUGGCGGAGGUGGCUGUGGAGGAGGCGGGGGGUUUGGGGAGCAGCCCAACGGGAGACCCACCGAGGACAACGAACUGGUGUCGCUGAAGCUGAGCGACAACUACGCCUGAAAACAAACAAAAACACCACCACCACCACUACCACCAGGUGGCGCUGUGACUGACUGAGUUGGUGGCCCCUCAAACUGUUGGGACACUUAACACCUGAAAACAAGUUUGUGGGGCCUUUGACUCAGAAGGUGGACCUUUCAAAGCGGCAGACAUCGAUGCCUCAGUAGACUAUGAGGCGAUGUGAAUGACUAAAGUUGGUGGACAAUUCCCUAAAAUGGCAGAAACCCCCAUACAUGAGAUCAACAAGGGGCACUGUGACUUAAGUUGGGGGACCUUUCAAAAUGUUGGAUACCCCAUCAAUGACAUAAAUCACAUGUGGGGCGGGGAGCUGUGGCAGGUUGGCAAAACCUCAAGCCUAACGGUGGAAAUGGCUGAAAACACCAGGAGAUAAAAGGUUUUUCUCCUUGGAAAGACAUAAAAAAACGACAUACAGUACAUACAAAGCCCCAUAGAUAUGAUAUGUGAAGACUUAAAUUGCUAUGAGAUGGAGAGUGUGGGAGAGACUUUGGAGGAGUCAGGGAGUGGUGGUUGAAGGGUUUGUAGGCUUUUUUUCUAAAGAAAAAAAAAGAGAGAGAGAGAAGGACCUUGACCACCUACCACCCUUCUCCUUUCUUCUUGGAAUCGCUCCGUUCAUUCCAGUCUGAGACACAAAGUCGACUAAUUGCAGUUGUCAGCAGAACUUUGACAGUUGUUGUUGUUGUUGUUGGUGUGUGCGUGCGUGCGUGCUUGCGUGCGUGUGUGUGUGUGCGUGCGUGCGUGCGUGCGUGUGUGUGUCCACAGUCUGGUUUGUUGUUCUCACCCUCUUGCUGCUAACUGCUCCUGCUUCUUCGACGAGGCCAAAAAAAACCAGACAAACAAACAUGUCAAACAGACACGGGUACAUUGUAAAAAGAGGUGUGUGUCUGUGUGAGUGCGUGCGUGCGUGUGCGUGUGUUUGUGUCUGUCUGCCUGUGUGUGUGUGAUGCAUGUGUCCUGGACACGUGUUUCUUGGCAAGA